CCCACCCCAUCGUGGUGUGAUGCCUGGAGACUGGAACGCUGUACCUCAGUGGUUCCAUCCGGCAACAACUUUCCUGGAGGACGGGGUCCCGUUUGCCCAUCACUCUCAGGAGCCCGGCGUGAUUUGCCUUCAUGAAUCGACCAGAUUGUCCAUGAGGUUGCGGUCAAGAAGAAAAGACUGGGACGGAAAGUUCAUCCAGUGUGCUCGCUGUGAGGCAAGUCAAGCCGCCGGAAGGGCUCACGUGUACUCGACCAAAGAGGAGUGACAGGAUACCGGCCAGGCCACUCCGGAGAGGACGAUGGCCCUAAGCGACGCGGUCGAUGACCAUCCGGCCCCCAGCGGUGAAGGGCAUCCUCUUGGCACCGGCGGGAACGCACCUUCAAACAACGGCACACAGGACAGCAGUUUCCAGGAGCCUCACGCGGCCGCUUCGAAGGGCGAUGACCUUUCAGCAGAGGCACACGAAGAAACCUCACUUAGGAAUGCGGCACGUAGACAGCCGCAAAAGAAGCCAAGAUCACACGUCCAGAGAACAAACAGACCGAGCCAAAACGGCGGAGUUGUCAAACAGAACGGAAGCCUUCGGACGCUCCCCCGCCCGACCGCCGCCGCCGCACCUUCCCCCGCCGUCACGGACUCGCAAACGCUAGCCAAACGCCAGCUUUCAUCCGCUCCAUCGCCGCCCUCCCCUUGUCUGCAGCCCGCAGCGCCCUGCUGCCAGCAGUGUCACUUCCACUCCUUUUGCUGCCCGUGCGGUCAGCAGGAGUGCCCUCCCCUCCAGAUUGCAGGCAUGGGCCACGGGCCCGGCUUGGCUCCUCACUCCAGGAGCCCUCUGACCUGCUCUUGUUGUCCACCCGCCUGCAAUUACUCACACCCGCGGCCCCAUCUUACACACCCGACCACCCCGCAUCAUCUACUCCAUCACAGUCACCAGCCCUGGCAGGAGCACCUCCAGAGUUCAACACAUCCGACUGGGAUUAGCCCCGCAUGGCCCUUUCGAUUCCCCAAAAGCUAUUCUGAGCUAAUAGCGGAUUGGCCGGUGGUGGUGCUCGGUGUGUGCACGGUGCUCAUUGUGGUGUGCGCCCUGGUGGGCGUUCUGGUUCCUGACCUCCCCGAUUUCUCUGACCCUCUUUUGGGUUUCGAGCCUCGAGGAACUGCCAUCGGUCAACGCCUGGUCACCUGGAAUAACAUGGUGAAGAACACGGGCUACAAAGCAACACUGGCCAACUAUCCCUUCAAAUACGCUGACGAGCAGGCUAAAAAUCACCAGGAACCUAAGUGGCCCGAAGACCACUUUGAUCGAGAAAAACGGCACGCAGAGUGGGACUUCAGGAAGGAGUUCUUCUGCGAUGUGCCUGGCUCCAGCUAUUCCAGGCUGGUUUUCUCAUCUGCCGAGGGGAAGAAUUUGUGGAGUAUUCAGGCCAUCAAAUCCAUGUGUAAUCUGGACAACACUCGGGUGCGCUCUCACCGUGACUACUGGAGCCUCUGCCAGCGCACCAACGAUGCCUCGUGCUGCCCCAGCUGGACGCUCGGGAACUACAUCGCGGCGCUCACCAACAGGUCAUCCUGCCAAACGAUUACCGAGCGCGACGUGGCGCACACGCUGAAGAUUUUGCGCUCGUGCGCCAAGUAUUAUCACAACGGCACGCUGGGACCCGAUUGCUGGGACAUGGCCCUCAAGCGCAAGGAUCAGCUCAAGUGCGGCAACGUGCCCCGCAAGUGCACCAAGUACAACGCCGUCUACCAGAUGAUGCACUUCCUGGUUGAUAAGGACUUCCUCAGUCCCAAGAGCCUGGAGUUUCCUCCACCCGUGCUCAUGUACAGCAUGCUCUUCUCGCCCACAGAAAAGGGAGAGUCCAUGAUGAACAUUUACUUGGAUAAUUUUGAGAACUGGAACUCCUCGGACGGCGUGACCACAGUCACCGGGAUCGAGUUUGGCAUUAAACACGACCUCUUUCAGGACUACCUCCUAACGGACACGGUGUACCCGGCGAUCGCCAUCGUGAUCGUCCUGCUGGUCAUGUGCGUGUACACGCGCUCCGUUUUCAUCACCCUCAUGACAAUCAUCGCCAUCAUCAGUUCCCUCAUUGUGUCUUAUUUUCUCUACCGCCUGGUUUUCAACUUUGAGUUUUUCCCUUUCAUGAACCUCACGGCCCUCAUCAUCCUGGUGGGAAUCGGCGCCGACGACGCCUUUGUGCUUUGCGACGUCUGGAAUUACACCAAAUUUGACAAGCCCCGUGCCGAGCUGGCGGAAACGGUCAGCGUGACGUUGCAGCACGCCGCCUUGUCCAUGUUCGUCACCAGCUUUACCACCGCCGCCGCUUUCUACGCCAACUACGUCAGCAACAUCACGGCCAUACGCUGCUUCGGCAUCUACGCCGGAACGGCCAUCUUGGUCAACUACGUCCUCAUGGUGACGUGGCUGCCGGCGGUGGUGGUGUUGCACGAGCGCUACCUCCCGAGCGCGUUGCCCUGUUCCAAGCCCCAGCGCCAACAAAGCGGCUACGGCCUGCGGGUGAUCGCGGCGGGUCUCUGCCGGAAGGCUCACAAAUGCUUGUUUAGUGUCUCUGAAGCCUCGAGGAUCUUCUUUGAGAAGGUUCUGCCCUGCGUCGUCAUCAAGCUGCGCUACCUCUGGCUCUUCUGGUUCCUUGCGCUGACGGUGGGCGGGGCGUACGUCGUUUGCGUCAACCCGAAGAUGAAGCUUCCCUCGCUGGAGCUGGCUGAGUUUCAGGUCUUCCGUUCCUCUCACCCUUUCGAGCGCUACGAUGCCGAGUACAAGAAGCUCUUCAUGUUUGAGAGAGCGCAUCACGGAGAGGACCUCCACAUGCCGAUCACCAUCAUCUGGGGUGUCACGCCCGUAGAUAACGGUGACCCCCUGAACCCCAAAAACAAGGGAAAGUUGAUGCUGGAUAGCAGCUUCAACAUCGCCAGUCCGGCCUCUCAGCUAUGGAUCCUCAAUUUCUGCCAGAAGCUUCGAAACCAGAGUUUUGUCUUUCAGUCAGACGAGCAGGACUUCACCAGCUGCUUCAUCGAGACAUUCAAGCAGUGGAUGGAGAACCAAGACUGCGAGGAGGCAUCCGUCUACCCCUGCUGCAGUCAAUCCACCUUCCCCUACAAGCAGGAAGUCUUUGAGCUGUGCAUCAAGAGGGCCAUCAUGGAGCUCGAUCGUAGUACCAACUACCACCUGGACAGCAAGACCCCCGGACCUCGAUUUGACAUCAACGACACCAUCAAGGCCAUCGUUUUGGAGUUUAAGAGCACCUUCCUUUUCACGCUGGCCUAUGAGAAGAUGCACCAGUUCUAUUGUGAGGUGGACGCCUGGAUAACGGAGGAGCUGCGCCACGCCCCGGUAGGCCUCAGCCACGGCUGGCUGGUCAGCAACCUGGAAUUCUUCGAUCUUCAGGACAGUCUGUCGGACGGCACUCUGGUUGCCAUGGCGCUGUCGGUGGCUGUCGCCUUCAGCGUCAUGCUCCUCACCACGUGGAACAUCAUCAUCAGCCUGUACGCCAUAUUGUCCAUCGCCGGGACCAUUUUCGUCACCGUGGGCUCCCUGGUGCUUCUCGGUUGGGAGCUGAACGUCUUGGAGUCGGUCACCAUUUCCGUGGCAGUCGGGCUGUCCGUGGACUUUGCCGUUCACUACGGCGUGGCGUACAGGCUCGCUCCCGAGCCGGACCGCGAGGGAAAAGUGAUUUUCUCCCUCGGCCGCAUGGGGUCAGCCAUCGCUAUGGCUGCCUUGACCACCUUUGUCGCGGGGGCCAUGAUGAUGCCCUCGACGGUGUUAGCCUACACCCAGCUGGGCACCUUCAUGAUGCUGAUCAUGUGCGUCAGCUGGGCCUUCGCCACCUUCUUUUUUCAGUGCAUGUGCCGCUGUCUGGGCCCUCAGGGCACCUGCGGCCAGAUCCCGCUGCCCAAAAGUCUGCUGUGUCAGGCUUUCUCUCAGGACCCGUCCGGAGGCGCUCCAUCCAAAGGGCAGAGCUCUGGUUUGGGCAAAUACCAGCUGGACGGCGGGGACGGAGAGGCGGAACAUUACGAAUUAGAGCCGCUGGCUUCAGGUCAGAAAGCUGAAGACAAACCUCAAGAGGAUCAAGAGCUUUGUCCGCAGCGUCCCAACGGCGUACGCGCGCACCGCCGCGCUUCCCAGUAUUCGCACACUCAGUACAACAGUCACAUGGAGGCUGGCAAACGCAGUCCUAAAAAUGGCCUUGUCGAUGCGCUCAACACACCCACUCGCUGCCAGUACGCCCAGAACACAGACUGCUCAUGUGGGGAACCACCUCCACAGUGGACACCCCGUUCCUGUCCUCGGCCUCCCCAAGACUCGCAUCCCCUCCCCCAUCUUGUCCCUCUUGCGGGAAACCGGAGCAAACCGGACCCAGGGUGCGCACGCGGGAAUCGCUGCAAGCACUGCGUCCCCUGUCCGCCUCCCCACUUGCACCGCUGCGGCCCGGGAAGGGUCGUAUACCCCCGACAAGCGCCCGCGCCCUGCUGCCAUCUUCACAAGUAUUGCAUCCACGCCGCGAGCCCGGAGGCCAUUUCGGACCAGAGAGCCUCCAGCCAUCGCGCGGCCCAAAAAGAUGGCUCUUUUCGAGGCUCCGAGCCUAACGCACAAGAGCCCGAUCACGGGCCAAUUCUCAGCACGCCAGCCGUGACACAAACUCCGCGGUCCCCCGCCACGCAGGACUCAAGCCAAACAGACAGACAUCAAGGGCCGAAUGCGCGAGACGGGAGGCGUCACCCUCCGUGCGGCGUGACCGCAGAAACCGCAACGCAGGAGGAUGUUUGGCGUAAGAUCCCUGGCCAGCAGGAGAGCGCCGCCCUCCCCCAGAAGCCAUGUGUCAAAAAGUGCAAGCAGAACUCGAAACGAGAGCGGACUUCGGCCUCGCCAAAGAAACUCGACUGUUUUAACAGGGCCUUGAAGGUGAAGUGCAACUCGGCCUCCGAGUUCAACGUUCCGAAAAGUGAAACAAGUGUGCCACCCAUCAUCGUCAACAGCAGUCGCUCCUCUGAAAGCUUAUGUUAGGACAAAGAUCCGCAACGUGAGCCGAAUACUCGUCAUCGUGUGAUGCUAAGUGCCUCAGUGUGAUUUUAUACAGUAGCGCUGACCCACUAAAUUGUUUCUAUUUCUGCUUAGGGCUAAACUUUGUUCUUUUGAAAACAGUCUUAUCACUUAUUUUAUUUUAUUUUUUUAACAAUGCGCCAAUAUACCGCAGGCAUUUGCACAGGCAGAACAAAACGCACAUAUUUGCUACUGAAUGUGAUCACAUGACCCGUGACAUACGUGUCAUGUUACAUUUUAAAAAAAAAAACGAAAAACAGAAACACACACACACACACACACAUUGCUUUUCAACUUUUUUUUAUGUGCAAUGAACGUCUCCAGUGGAUUACGGUCUGUCCAAUUAAAAUGUCUCCCUUAA